GUAGAUCUGAAAAAUGAAGAUGAUUAUGUUAAUAAUGAAGUCAGCCCAGCCGAAUUGGCACUUUCGUUCCCCAGAGUAUCUCGCAAAACCUCUGCUUUCGAUGGUAACAUUGAGAAAAUAGACGUUAAAUGUGAUACCUCAAAUGGAAUGAUAGUGGAGGUUGAAUUUGCGGAAAUAUUCAACGGAGUUAUAUACAGCCAAGGCUAUUAUAAUGAUCCUAAGUGCAAAUAUGUUAGCGCUGGAAAUAAUGAACGGCGAUACGUAUUCAAAGUGCCUUUUGAUGGAUGUGGAAGCAAGCCCUCCUGUUCACUGUGUGCAUCUGUUGAUAAUAUUCUUAUCAUUCAGAAUGAUGAAGAUAUUCAAGAAAGUUGGGACACAGCACGAAAAAUAACGUGCAGUCGUAGUGACGAACAGGAAAAAACAGUGUAUUUUCGACCAUUCGUAGUUGAUAUGCUAGAAGUAAUAUCAGUUGAAACCCCAAGUGGUCCAGUUGAAUGCUGGAUGGAAAUUGGAACUGGAAUACCACCGAAUAUAAAACCCAUCAACUACACUUUGAAGCUUGGCACGGACAUAACCUUUACUAUAAACGUUAAACAAUCGACCCAGACAUGGGACAUCAAUAUCCUACAGUGUUAUGCUUCCGAUGAUCCAGAGUUUGAUGUACGCACAACAAAUAAGUUACAGCUUUCCGAUAAAAACGGAUGUUCCUUGAAGAAAAAAAUAUUUGGGGAAUGGAAGAGAUUAGAGUCACUUCCCGGUCAAACGUUAACCUACUAUAAUAUCCUAAAAGCUUUUAAGUUUCCUGACCGAUCUCAGGUAUAUCUUAAAUGUGAUAUUGAACUAUGUAAUGGGGCCUGUGAAAAAGACUACACUUGCGAGGAAUAUUUAACGACAACUAGAGAAACUCCAGUUGGGACUGAAAGAUCACGAUGCUAUCCUGGUUCAACUGAUCCUCGAUGCUCCCAGGAAACCAGAACUACAUUGAAGCCGCGGUGUUCUCCUGGGUCAAAGGAUCCUGAUUGCCAAUCAGCCACCUACUUGCCGCCAACUACGGGUCGACCUCCACAGCCAAAGACGACACCUUCGCCAAAUUGCUAUCCAGGUUCAACAGACCCUCGUUGCCCACAACAGCCAAAGACGACACCUUCUCCCAACUGUUAUCCUGGCUCAACUGAUCCUCGAUGCCCUCAGGAACCUAGAACAACAUUGAAGCCCCGCUGCUCUCCUGGGUCGACGGAUCCUGAUUGCCAACCAGCCACCUACUUGCCGCCAACUACGGGUCGACCUCCAGUCACACCAUCUAAGCCAAGGUGCUAUCCAGGAUCAACAGACCCUCGUUGCCCACAACAGCCAAAGACGACACCUUCUCCCAACUGUUAUCCUGGCUCAACUGAUCCUCGAUGCCCUCAGGAACCUAGAACAACAUUGAAGCCCCGCUGCUCUCCUGGGUCGACGGAUCCUGAUUGCCAACCAGCCACCUACUUACCGCCAACUACGGGUCGACCUCCAGUCACACCAUCUAAGCCAAGGUGCUACCCCGGCUCAACAGAUCCUCGUUGCCCGCAGCAGCCAAAGACAACUCCUUCACCCAACUGUUAUCCUGGAUCAACGAAUCCUCGAUGCCCUCAGGAACCUAGAACAACAUUGAAGCCCCGCUGCUCUCCUGGGUCGACGGAUCCUGAUUGCCAACCAGCCACCUACUUACCGCCAACUACGGGUCGACCUCCAGUCACACCAUCUAAGCCAAGGUGCUACCCCGGCUCAACAGAUCCUCGUUGCCCGCAGCAGCCAAAGACAACUCCUUCACCCAACUGUUAUCCUGGAUCAACGAAUCCUCGAUGCCCUCAGGAACCUAGAACAACAUUGAAGCCCCGCUGCUCUCCUGGGUCGACGGAUCCUGAUUGCCAACCAGCCACCUACUUGCCGCCAACUACGGGUCGACCUCCAGUCACACCAUCUAAGCCAAGGUGCUAUCCAGGUUCAACAGACCCUCGUUGCCCACAACAGCCAAAGACGACACCUUCUCCCAACUGUUAUCCUGGCUCAACUGAUCCUCGAUGCCCUCAGGAACCUAGAACAACAUUGAAGCCCCGCUGCUCUCCUGGGUCGACGGAUCCUGAUUGCCAACCAGCCACCUACUUGCCGCCAACUACGGGUCGACCUCCAGUCACACCAUCUAAGCCAAGGUGCUACCCCGGCUCAACAGAUCCUCGUUGCCCGCAGCAGCCAAAGCCAACUACGGGUCGACCUCCAGUCACACCAUCUAAGCCAAGGUGCUACCCCGGCUCAACUGAUCCUCGUUGCCCGCAGCAGCCAACGAGAACUCCUUCACCCAACUGUUACCCUGGAUCAACGGAUCGUCGAUGCCCCCAGGAACCGAAAACUACCCCGAAGCCCCGUUGUUUCCCUGGAUCUAUCGACCCUGAUUGCCAACCAGCCACCUACUUGCCGCCAACUACGGGUCGACCUCCAGUCACACCAUCUAAGCCAAGGUGCUAUCCCGGCUCAACUGAUCCUCGUUGCCCGCAGCAGCCAACGACAACUCCUUCACCCAACUGUUACCCUGGAUCAACGGAUCGUCGAUGCCCCCAGGAACCGAAAACUACCCCGAAGCCCCGUUGUUUCCCUGGAUCUAUCGACCCUGAUUGCCAACCAGCCACUUACCUGCCACCAACUACGGGUCGACCUCCAGUUACACCAUCUAAGCCAAGGUGCUACCCCGGCUCAACAGAUCCUCGUUGCCCACAGCAGCCAAAGACGACACCUUCGCCAAAUUGCUAUCCAGGUUCAACAGACCCUCGUUGCCCACAACAGCCAAAGACGACACCUUCUCCCAACUGUUAUUCUGGCUCAACUGAUCCUCGUUGCCCAAAACAGCCAAAAACGACACCUUCUUCUAACUGUUACCCUGGAUCAACGGAUCCUCGAUGCCCCCAGGAACCGAAAACUACCCCGAAGCCCCGUUGUUUCCCUGGAUCUAACGACCCUGAUUGCCAACCAGCCACUUACCUGCCACCAACUACGGCUCGACCAACGAUAACUACGUCUAGCCCAAGGUGCUUGCCUGGCUCAACUGAUCCUCGUUGUCCCCAAAAGCCAAAGACGACCUCAGCUCCUUCAUGCUAUCCAGGAUCCAAAGAUCCAGAAUGCCUGAAUUGUUUUGCUGGAUCACCAGAUCCAAGAUGCCCAAAGGUUCCGACUACAAGAAAGCCUGGAUGUUUCGAGGGUUCGAGUGAUCCAAGUUGUCAGCCAGCAACUUAUCUUCCCCCAAUUAAAACGACUAAAAUUCCGAACAGCCAAAUCACGCCAACAAAACCUAGUUGUUUUGAUGGUUCCACUGAUCCUCGAUGUCCUCAAAAGUCUAAGACGACACCUUCACCCAACUGUUAUCCUGGAUCAUCGGAUCGUCGAUGCCCUCAGGAACCUAGAACUACAUUGAAGCCCCGCUGCUCUCCUGGGUCGACAGAUCCUGAUUGCCAACCAGCCACCUACUUGCCACCAACUACGAGUCGACCUCCAGUUACACCAGUUAAGCCAAGGUGCUACCCCGGCUCAACAGAUCCUCGUUGCCCACAACAGCCAAAGAAAACUCCUUCACCCAACUGUUAUGCUGGAUCAACGGAUCCUCGAUGCUCCCAGGAACCUAAAACUACAUUGAAGCCCCGCUGCUCUCCUGGGUCGACAGAUCCUGAUUGCCAACCAGCCACCUACUUGCCACCAACUACGAGUCGACCUCCAGUUACACCAGUUAAGCCAAGGUGCUACCCCGGCUCAACAGAUCCUCGUUGCCCACAACAGCCAACGACGACACCUUCUCCCAACUGUUAUCCUGGAUCAACGGAUCCUCGAUGCUCCCAGGAACCUAAAACUACAUUGAAGCCCCGCUGCUCUCCUGGGUCGACAGAUCCUGAUUGCCAACCAGCCACCUACUUGCCACCAACUACGAGUCGACCUCCAGUUACACCAGUUAAGCCAAGGUGCUACCCCGGCUCAACAGAUCCUCGUUGCCCACAACAGCCAAAGAAAACUCCUUCACCCAACUGUUAUGCUGGAUCAACGGAUCCUCGAUGCUCCCAGGAACCUAAAACUACAUUGAAGCCCCGCUGCUCUCCUGGGUCGACAGAUCCUGAUUGCCAACCAGCCACCUACUUGCCACCAACUACGAGUCGACCUCCAGUUACACCAGUUAAGCCAAGGUGCUUCCCUGGCUCAACAGAUCCUCGUUGCCCACAGCAGCCAAAGACGACUCCUUCACCAAGUUGCUCUCCUGGAUCAACGGAUCCUCGAUGCCCUCAAGAACCUAGAACUACAUUGAAGCCCCGCUGCUCUCCUGGGUCGACAGAUCCUGAUUGCCAACCAGCCACCUACUUGCCGCCAACUACAGGUCGACCUCCAGUCACACCAUCUAAGCCAAGGUGCUAUCCCGGCUCAACUGAUCCUCGUUGCCCGCAAAAGCCAAAGACGACCUCAGCUCCUUCAUGCUAUCCAGGAUCCAAAGAUCCAGAAUGCCUGAAUUGUUUUGCUGGAUCACCAGAUCCAAGAUGCCCAAAGGUUCCGACUACAAGAAAGCCUGGAUGUUUCGAGGGUUCGAGUGAUCCAAGUUGUCAGCCAGCCACUUAUCUUCCCCCCAUUAAAACGACUAAGAGUCCGAGCAACCAAAUUACACCAACAAAACCUAGUUGUUUUGAUGGUUCCACUGAUCCUCGAUGUCCUCAAAAGCCUAAGACAACACCUUCGCCAAAUUGCUAUCCAGGUUCAACAGACCCUCGUUGCCCACAACAGCCAAAGACGACACCUUCUCCCAACUGUUAUCCUGGCUCAACUGAUCCUCGUUGCCCGCAAAAGCCAAAGACGACACCUUCGCCAAAUUGCUAUCCAGGCUCAACAGACCCUCGUUGCCCACAACAGUCAACGACGACACCUUCUCCCAACUGUUAUCCUGGAUCAACGGAUCCUCGAUGCCCUCAAGAACCUAGAACUACAUUGAAGCCCCGCUGCUCUCCUGGGUCGACAGAUCCUGAUUGCCAACCAGCCACCUACCUGCCACCAACUACGGGUCGACCUCCAGUUACACCAUCUAAGCCAAGGUGCUACCCCGGCUCAACAGAUCCUCGUUGCCCACAGCAGCCAAAGACGACACCUUCGCCAAAUUGCUAUCCAGGUUCAACAGACCCUCGUUGCCCACAACAGCCAAAGACGACACCUUCUCCCAACUGUUAUUCUGGCUCAACUGAUCCUCGUUGCCCAAAACAGCCAAAAACGACACCUUCUUCUAACUGUUACCCUGGAUCAACGGAUCCUCGAUGCCCCCAGGAACCGAAAACUACCCCGAAGCCCCGUUGUUUCCCUGGAUCUAACGACCCUGAUUGCCCCCAAAAGCCAAAGACGACCUCAGCUCCUUCAUGCUAUCCAGGAUCCAAAGAUCCAGAAUGCCUGAAUUGUUUUGCUGGAUCACCAGAUCCAAGAUGCCCAAAGGUUCCGACUACAAGAAAGCCUGGAUGUUUCGAGGGUUCGAGUGAUCCAAAUUGUCAGCCAGCCACUUAUCUUCCCCCCAUUAAAACGACUAAGAGUCCGAGCAACCAAAUUACACCAACAAAACCCAGUUGUUUUGAUGGUUCCACUGAUCCUCGAUGUCCUCAAAAGCCUAAGACAACACCUUUCCCAAGUUGCUAUCCGGGUUCAACUGACCCUCGUUGCCCACAACAGCCAACGACGACACCUUCUCCCAACUGUUAUCCUGGAUCAACGGAUCCUCGAUGCCCUCAAGAACCUAGAACUACAUUGAAGCCCCGCUGCUCUCCUGGGUCGACAGAUCCUGAUUGCCAACCAGCCACCUACUUGCCACCAACUACGAGUCGACCUCCAACGACUCCUGCACCAAAUUGCUAUCCUGGAUCAACGGAUCCUCGAUGCCCUCAAGAACCUAGAACUACAUUGAAGCCCCGCUGCUCUCCUGGGUCGACAGAUCCUGAUUGCCAACCAGCCACCUACUUGCCACCAACUACGAGUCGACCUCCAGUUACACCAUCUAAGCCAAGGUGCUACCCAGGCUCAACAGAUCCUCAUCCUGAUUGCCAACCAGCCACCUACUUGCCACCAACUACGAAACCUAGAACUACAUUGAAGCCCCGCUGCUCUCCUGGGUCGACAGAUCCUGAUUGCCAACCAGCCACCUACUUGCCACCAACUACGAGUCGACCUCCACCCCGCUGCUCUCCUGGGUCGACAGAUCCUGAUUGCCAACCAGCCACUUACUUGCCACCAACUACGGGUCGACCUCCAGUUACACCAUCCCAGCCAAGGUGCUACCCAGGCUCAACUGAUCCUCGUUGCCCCCUGAAGGGCUCGACGACAACUUCACCAAAUUGUUAUCCAGGAUCUACUGAUGUUCGUUGCUCGCAAAGCUUAGUAACCUCAACUUCUCCACCUGAUACGACUCCUGUUUAUUGUUUCCCUGGAUCUGUAGAUCCUCGAUGCCCUGAUACAUACAAGGGUUCAACUCCUAUUCCUGCUACAUAUUUGCCGCCUCUUAGUGAUCCCGGCAUUGAUCGGACUGUGAGAGAUGCUAAAAGCUAUUUUUUCACUGAGAUUAACAAAUUGGCCUUUACUGACAACAACGUUUUUGAGUUGGAAGAUGAUGACGACUAUGAGCACGCAAGGAGUAAACGUGAUUUAACAGAUAUAGACAUAAAUCCAAGAAUAUCAUAUGACGCCAGCGAAGAUCUUCUAUCAAGAAAAAUUAUGAAGCGUGAGUUUAACGAGCGACCACCGGAAAGAGAGGUAAUCUCCUUCACCCUCGGCAUUCGCACGGGGAUUCAAGUUAAUUAGACCGAGUGGUACAGCCUAUAACGUAACUCUCUCGCAAAAAGUUUAACGUGUAAAAAUGUAUUAUGUUUACAUAUUUAUAUAUACUAUUAAUCGUAAUCAUUCAAAUAUACUCGUAUCUUAGUAGUAGGUAUAUUUUAAGUAUUCCCAGUUUGUAAAGAAUGAUUUAUGUUAACAAAUAAUUUCUUGUAACUUUAAUUCACACAAUAAAGAAUUUAUAAUA